UAUAUCUGUAUGUUGCAUUGAUGUCGUGAUUUAUCGUAUCGUAUGCAGUUUCUCCUCGGAUGCGGGAUGUAUUGGAAGAGGUAUGCUAUUUCACCACGGAUGUUGUUUACGGACUACUGUAGACAUCGGUAUAUAUCUCCGUGUAAGUGGAAGUUUUCUAUUUUUCGGAUAACAAGGUUUGCUGUAUUGGUGGAUGAGAAAUCCAAUUUCAGCUCGGCUAACUGGGAUCAUCUGAUACUCCAAUAGUAGUAGCGAAUUACCUAUUCAACUCACGGCGAUAAAAGCGUGUUGACGCUGAAUUUCAUGUAGAAUCAUUUAAUAUCUGAAGAAGAUUAACGAUGGAUUUUAUAGAUAUGUUACUUGUCGAUCGCGUAUAGUUUGCUUUGCCGAAUCAGAGACCAUUCGUUAUGCUAAGUCUUGAUGUAUCAAAGAACGUAAAUUGCAUUCUUGCAAAUGAUCUGACAGCACAGUGUACGUUUGUGACUUAACCAGCGCAUCACCAUGUAUAGGAAUGAGUCGCGCUUGUAGUCAGCGUUUGGUUAUCGUCUGCUAAUGAACGAGCCACCGAGUGAAUUUUGUCUAAUUACCACACGUCUUUCUUCCAUGAAUAUAUGAGUCGUGUUUCGUAUACACGUGUGACUGAAUGCAGUAACGAUAUCUGUGGUAAUGUGAAUUAAUCCAGUAAGUCAUUCUCUCAAAUACACAACGUGGACACUAUAACAAGAGGAUGAAUGAGUACCACUGAAGUUAAAAAAUGUACACAAAUUAAAGCAUCGCUAAGAUUCAAGAUCAAAACAUACACCGGCAGGUACACCUUUAAAAACAAUUUAAACCUGGUGAUUAUGGAGGAACGUCUUAGAUGAAAGGCUACCGCGACGCAUCACUAAAAAGGGUGACAAGAAAGCAACACUUAUAUCAAGCAGAGGUGAUGCUGAGAUAAGCCUAUGUGUAGGCUUGUUUAUGUAUAGCUGCUGAAACUUUGUGUGUUGAAGUCAUUUCGACAAACAGAACAGAACAUAUCUACGAAUACGUAUCAUGCACACAACUUGGAAAGUAUAAGUGCAACCAGGCGCGUCAUCAUGAAGUCUCGACGAGAGCCCUGCUCUAAUGCGUGACUACAUUGUAGCUAAUCGUAAUUACGCAUAAUGUCCAAUACACGUCACGACAAAUCAUUUGACUAAAUGGAUUGAAUACAAGAAGGUAUACAGUGUGUCAGCUAGUAGCAGCGAUCGACUUAUGCACAACGGAUCUCACGUGUAAGCAGUCCUGGCACCCUGUGGAUGUAAGCUUAUCUCACCACCUCUGCUGAAAUAAAAUUAGAUCUGAAAUAUUCAUUGAUAGAUUUGUUGCUCAAAUAUUCUGGUUUGAUAUGGAGAGCACUGGUCGUGGCAGAGACGAGAUUUUACAGGAAUGGACAACUUUAUGUAAGACCUAAAUCGGACAGUUGUAGGUGGGGAAUUUCAAGGUAUUGCAACUGUGCAGCCGAUUUAGGUUAACUCGGAUCGAUUUGAUUGAAGAAAGCAUCGAUUUCGACUACAGUCUAUAUACAACAAUACUCUUGACUCUUGCCCUUGUCAAACGCGUAUACUUGCAAAACCAUCGAAAAUCCUAGACAUAUUCAAAUAUAAUCAGCACCGGUACUCAAAAUAACGACGUGUGAAUAUGGAUAUUAGUAUAUUUAUUACGCGAAUAUUUCAUAAAGUUAUCUAUUACCAUAGUACAGAUGUAAUAUGGUCGCAAUAUUAACGUGCUAAAUAUUCACGCAGAAGCAACCACCCUGCUGCUGAGCACCAUACACAAUACGCAUGAUCAUGAACGCUUUUACAAGGUGUCGUUUAACCCUGAAAUGUACGGAUGACGUAUUAUUUCCUAAUUGAAUCGAUUCGUGUCAUAAAUAUAGUUUAUUUCAUCAUAAUAUAAUUAUUGCAUUGAUGCGUGUAGUUUCAAAUCUGACUGUGAAGUUGACAAAUAUUUGGAUUUGAGGUUUGAUCUCGCUUGAUUUGUAAUACAAUGGAUGUCUGUUUCAAAGAACAAGGGUGAUGCACUUGUUAUAGCAUAUGGACGCAGAAACCUAAAUUCUCGAGAGAACAUAGGCCUAGUUACAGAAAACAGAUAUCUGACUGUGGAUAAGGAACCGAAUUUAUACAGAAUUCUCGUCUUUCAUAUUGCAAACAUAUAUUCAUUCAAAAAUAAGAGAACACAGCGUUAUGACAACUAACUUAAGACGCUUUGUCGAUCAUUUUGUUUGUUGUUCAUUCUAAGAUGAAACAUCUCCAUCGUCAGUUCAAUACAAGAAAGCAGUGUAUCGAAAGUUUGAAAUUUACGUUGAUAACAAAACAAAGUGGCUCUUGUUUGUUGUCGACUUUUCCUACCUUCAGAGCGUCGUACCAAAGAGGUUUCACGACUCGAUUCUUAUUUCUUGUCACUUACUUACUUUCAAGUUUUGGUACUGUGUAUGGUAUGUGCCCUGCAAAAUGCGAAUGCGACAACAUUUACCAAUCCCUUGAGUGUAGUAACGUAGACAUAUUGGAAAUUCCGAAAAACAUUCCGAACUCUACCAGAUUUAUAUCAAUCACAAACACACAGAUCUCUGAGAUAAAGAGGUUAGCUUUCUUUUCUCUUCAUUCUUUAAGAAUGAUUUCGUUGGAGAACAAUCUGAUCAAUACAGUUUCAAAUGAUUGUUUCAACACUUCAAAGAAGUUGAGAAAGUUGAAUUUAAACGGAAAUCGCUUGUUGACUUUUCCAGAAGCAUUGUUUGGCCUUAAAAGGAUAAACGAAAUACAUUUACAGGGUAAUGAUAUGACUAUCCUAAAUCCAGACAAACCUGUCAUUUUACAGAAAUUACACUUCCUGGAUCUUGAAAGCAACAGACUAACAGAAGUUACUAGGAAGUUUUUCGAUUCAAUGUCAAAAUUGAAUACUCUUAACAUGUCUUUCAAUCAAAUACGAAAAAUUGACACUGAUUGGUUAAGACCGAUGAUAAACUUGAAAGUACUUGAGCUCGAAGAGGCUUUUGAAAUAGCGCCCGCUAUUGGGGAAUGGUUUUUUUGCGAAUCUUCGAGCUCUCUCACCAGUAUAAACAUGGCUUACAAUCGCAUUAUUUCUAUACCACCAAGGACGUUUUCUUGUGUUCCAAAUCUAAAAUUCCUAAUUCUUAACAACAACAAUUUAGUCGAAUUCCCUUCAAAUAUGAGCCUUCAAAAUGUUGAACGUCUUGACUUGGGGUCUAACCAAAUCGCACAUCUCACAGGAGACACAUUUGAGUCCUGCAAAAAUUUAACGACAUUAGAUUUGAGUUCAAACAACUUACGAGGUUUACCAAAUGGUGUUUUCAGAACUCUAAACCGCUUAGAGUCUCUUGAUUUGAACAAUAACUACUUGACUAACAUCCAGUCUGAUACAUUUGCUAACUUGCCCUUCUUGAAGCAUCUUCUUCUUUCCGGGAAUAAGUUACAAGUAUUACCUCCACGGUUAUUAUCCCUACAUGUGAAUCUCAUUAAUGUUGAUCUAAGCGUAAAUAACAUUGAAAGUAUCCCAGACGAUAUUUUUCAACCGACUACUUUGUUAAAACAACUAACUCUGAAUAACAACUCCCUUGUACAGCUACCAAAUAUUCGGAAUCUUAGAGAUUUGCAAUAUCUAGACGUGUCAUGGAACUUACUUAACGUCAUAUCGCCUGACGCUUUCGAAGGCACAUUAUUAAGAACUAUCAACUUAGGUUCAAACAAAAUCAAUACAUUCUAUUCGGUGACCCUAGAGCGCUUGAUGAUUAAUCACACACUUACAGCAUUGAUACUCGACGGAAAUCCGCUCCGUUGUGACUGUAUGACCGUAUGGUUAACAUUGGUGCCAAUGAAUGCAGUCUCUGAUUUUCAGUGUGCUUAUCCAAACCGACUUUCUGAAAGUACGUUUCAUACCUUAGAUUAUUUCGAGAAGGAUUAUUUGGUGUGCGACGAUGAAAUAGAUACGGAAUUUAUUCAAAAAGUAAUUAUUAUUUGGUUCUCCAUGUUGUUACUCGUUGUUCUUGUUUAUUGGCUAAUGGUGUACCAUAAAACUUUGCGGUUAUGGCGAGCCUGGAGUCCAACAAAGCGGAAACGUAAACGUGAAGUGGGUAACAGCGGAAAGUCCAACGCAUAUUACCGAAUUUCGACUGAUAACUUUUGGAAUAAUAACAGUUUGUUCACACAUCGCAUGACUUCCAGUUUUCGUCGAGUGCGUCUUACAGAAUCGUUACAAAGCAAUGAGUAUUUAGAAACAAUAGUUUAAUGAAACUCCAAAGGAUAAUUCUGAUAAUUAGGUUUAAAUUAUGGAGCUUGUGAUAAUAUGUUCACGGUCCAGUCCCAUGAUCACGAUUCAAAUUCUGUAAAACUCAGAUUAAUUGCACACUACGACUCAUAAUAGACUUGCUUAUACGUUUAUACGGUAAUUACAGAGCAUCAUAAACCUGCCUGCUAAAGGCAACUAGGUUGUUUACUAAACUACCAAGUGAUGUCAGUAACUAUUGGGCUAAAGUCAGAUGUCUAUAAAAAUACUUAAAUUAGUGAUGACAGUAAGAAUUGGUUUAAAUCAAAACUUAAAUAGGCCUAUUCAAAAAUCUAAGCUGUAUCCCAUUAUCCGUUUCCUAGGUUUUCGUCAAAAAUAUACAGGCCCUGUCCUGGGACAGAAUGCUCACGUACUCGUGUUGAUAUCUGGUUGUUUCACCAAUAUAAACGGAAAAACAUUAAAUGCACAUGUAAAUUUGUAAACAACGGGGCACCCUAACCCUAAUUUUGAAAUGAUUUUUGGUCAGUACAAUUUUUAACUUUAUGACAGUUUUGUUUCGACAUGCGUUGGUGAGUUAUUAAAAUAACACACCAAGUUUUCACCUAAACUAAUUAUUUAUAUAGUGUAUAUUUUCACAGGUUAUAUCACAAAUUUGCAUUUCCUUAUGAAUAGAGUGCACCAUCACCAAGAAUCACAAAAAUAAUAAUACAUUAUAACCGUCGAGUGGUUAAACUAUGUUAGUUGUGUAAGUGCUGAAGAACUAACACUACACUAGGUAUUAAAACAAAAAGACAGUAACUCCGAAAAGAGACAGUGACAUUUUGGGAUUCAACGUUUCGAUCUAUUUGAUCAUUUUCAAGAAUACUGGUGAGAAAAUCUCACCCAUCCAUAUAUGUUU